CAGAUCCCUAAGCUGAGUCACCACUUUCGUUGAUUGGAGAAUCCUCCUCUCCGGCUUUGUGCCUCCCUGCGACUCCCAACAGACAAACCCAGCUCUCCACAGGACUAGUAGGACGAGUGUGAACCGACACCUGGAAUGACUGAAUCAUUCCUCAAAGCAGUGGAGGAGUCGAAGGUCCUGAAGACGAAGCCUGGAAAAGAUGAGCUCACUGAACUCUACGGUUUAUACAAGCAGGCCACUGUCGGUGACGUCGACCACGAGCGUCCCGGGAUUCUCGACUUCGUAGGAAAAUUAAAGUGGGAUGCAUGGAUUAUUCAUAAAGGGCUGACCAAAGAAGAAGCCAUGGCCGCCUAUGUUGCUGCCGUGGAGAAGCUAAAGGAGAAAUAUGGAAUUUAGCCCUUUUCUCUGCUCUCGUCGUGUUUUAUGUUUGCUGUGAUAUCUCCUGUGUUUUCUCAGUAAACUGGAGGCCGCCCUUAAAGACUGAUUUUACAAACUGCUGCAGUUUAUUCAUGUGUGAGACUUAAUUUGUUUAAAAACCAAGAGAACAACAACUGAAGAUGCAUGUUUUUUUUGAGGAAUAGUUGAACAUUUAAGGAACCCUCUUUCCUCGCUGCAGGUUUAUUUGUGAGUCAGUUUGCUAGUUAUACAGCCAACAGGCAGCAGUGAGGGUUUAAAUAAGCAGUGAAGAGUCAGCAGGUCAAACAAUCCGGUCGGGUUAGUUGUUUUCCAUCAGCCUCCACUCUCUGUUGUGUUUCCUUAAAGUUUAAUCGAGUCCUUGAAAUGCUAAUGCAGUGUUUCUGUAGAUUUUCAUGUAUAAACGUUUCACGAGCAGCUGUUCACAGAGAUGCAGCCUUUGAAAAAUAAAGACUUGAUCUCUGGGCCUCACUCGAAUUUA